AUUCGCCUGAGCGCUGGGAAAACAAACCGAUUCAGUUUUUGGCGAGUGUCGGUGCGCGCGGCCAACUCGUUCAUUCGUGCGUAAAUGGCCUUGCUGGUCAUCGACGCAAACACGAGCAGCGCCAGCGAAGACAACAAUCACGCGAGGUCGCGUCCGCAAGCCAUCACCGCCGUUGCAGCCGCCACCGCCUCCUUGGCCGACGGUGUCGACCGCCACAAUCAUUACCAGCUGAUGGCGCGCGCUCGCUUAACGAACGCGUCCGUAAGCAGCACAUCGACAUGAUGCGCUACAAAUUGAUUUGAUAGUCGUCGCCCGCGUGCAAGCAACCGAAGGAGGAAUAUCAGUGUUAUCGGCGAGUUAAUGCGACGAAAGUCAGAAUUAUCCCACUUCGAGUACAACGCAAAGUCAUCACCAUGAAUCUGUUCAUCUUUCGUGUCGAGACAGGCACCAUGCUUGAGUUUCAACUGGAAAUGACUACCGAGAGUGUGGGACAAUUGAAGCUAGAGAUAGGAAAUCGUUUGGAUGUGCCACCGGAGGACCAGGUGCUGCUGGUGAGCGGCGGCAUUUGCCUGGAAAACAGUGCCAAAGUGAUCUCGUACUCGUCAGGGACGGACACAAAUCCCAUCUUUCUAUUCAGCAAGAGCAGCAUUGAAUCACCCACGCCGCCAUCGGCCAGCGCAUGUUCCAAUUCGUAUGUUUGCCUGCCUACCAACCAGCGACUUCAAUCAACUGCUGGGGAUGAGGUUUUUACUGAGGAUGCUAGUGAUGGUAUACAACCAACUGGAUAUUCAUCUUAUAAUGAAUUCCGAAAAAGAGUUCUACAAAGUAAAAACCUACCAUCCACGAUGGAGACGGUGACGAAGCGGGCACGACUGGCACAAGAGUUCUACGAAGAAGCGCUUCGCGAGAGCCAAUGCUGCCAGAGCGUUGUUUACGACCAACAACUCGCGCACCAAGGCUGGUUGGCGGCCAUUGCGAAUCUCGAAGAUAUCACGAAUGAUUUCCAGAAGCGCAUCAGCACGGUGCGGCUGUUCUUCGACGAGUAUCUCGAGCAACGUAAUAUUUAUGUAGAAUUUUUAAGUGUAUAUAAAGAAGCUUUGGAUAAAUUAGCAAAAAUACCAAUAAUACCAUCACUGCUACUCACUGAAGUCGACGCCGACAAAGCGCCGAGCACCAGCAAGACGCUCCUCGAAUGGAUCGAAGCCCGAAGAGACUCUAAAAGCGAAACUACCAUGGAUUCACUCUACGAUACAUGCUCGCGUGGUAUCGAGUACUACCACGCUGAAUUAUUCAAAAAUCUCUACGAAGAAGUACAAUAUGCGUUUGUUACGUCCAGUAACACCGAAAUGAAGGAGAUUUCCGGUUUGAGCAAACGUCUCUUCAGUCUGGAUCAACUCACGCACAGUUGUGAACCGCUGGUGAAGGAACAAAGCUACUCAGCGCAGUCUUUUCAGAGUAAUCAGGCGCGCGCGGGUGAUUUACGCGAUAAUUCCGUGCUGCCUGAUUUGUGCAUCUCGCACGGUAAACAACUGAUACGCAUGUUGAAUAAUCACUGGAAACUCUGUGAUAUUCACAAGCGGUGCAUGCGCAGUAAAGAAGAACUCUGUAAUAAUCUACAUCAACGAUUAAAAUGGAUGAUACACGCUGAGAAUUUAUUACGUUGUUCAACUGAUAGGAUUUUAGCGUAUUAUGAACACGUUGUACGGUUGAGGUUUAACAUAAGUGUUCUGCAACAGAUCCACAUGGCGCCGGAAGCAUACAUGGCUGCGGUGGUUGAAGUACUGCGUCGUAAGAAGUUUUCGCAGGCGUAUCUUUUGUGGGCUUCUGAUUUAACGUGUUAUAUGAUGACGAUUUAUAACGAUGAGGUAACACGGAGGAAAGAUUUCAAGGCGAAGUAUGACGGACACUUUUUGAUGGGCUUGUUUCCGGGGAUGAAUGACUUACCACCGAAUUUUGCGACACAGCCGCCAUCUGCUUUUGAUUCUAGUCUGCCGACUUUAUCCAUUGAGGAUAUUGAAGAGCUGAAGAGAGCUGUGCCCGAGAUGGGGGAGAAUCUUGUUAUUCCGGAUAUGACAGCGAUAACGAAUUAUUUCUUAGCGAAAUCACAAGUUAAAAGUGAGGACAAAGCAGGGACUUGUGAGGAAAAAUUGGAGCAGGUUGUCAACGAGGUGGGAUUAGCAAGCAAUCUGGAUCAGAAUCUGCUGAAGCCUGGUGAUAAUGAAUGUCUUUUACCGCAUGGAAUCGCACAACUUAAAGAUCUUGACAGGGGUUGUGAAUCCGAAACAGACACAGAAGAAUUCGAAAAAGUCUGUCAGAGUCCCAUGGAUCUCCAGUUCGAGAAGGAUCCACCCUCCCCGCGGCCCGGCUACAGCGACAUGACAACACUAACAGAGCACCUCGCUGGUUUCGUGCGCUCCAAGUCGCUGUCGCCGCACGCGCCCCACUCGCCCACCGGCUACCAUGCUAGCGAUUUCGUCAGCGAGGAGUUCUAUAUCGACGAAAGCCUGCCGUCGAGUCUGAGCAUUGAGCAGGCGGCCGGCGAGAUCGCGCUGCAGCUGAGCAACGCCAACGACGUGGUUGCGUUGCUCCAGGAUAAUUUACAAUCGUCGAGAAGUGAGCAGGAUAAGUUAAAAGACUUGCUUAUUAAUAUGGCGACGAUUUACCGCUCGAUUUUCACUGAUUUACGGCAGGAAAUGGCGGCGAUUAAGACAAAAGUGCAAUGUGAAAGUUCAGCGCUUGAGUUGCGCUGUAAAAGUUUAAGUUCUUCCUGGGAUAAUCUCACGCACGAGUUUGAUCUCAAAGAGAAAGCGAUUUCCCAACUCACCGAAAGUCACAACUUUGAGCUUUCCAAUUACAGACAACAGCUGAAAUCUCACGUCGAUGAAAUCAAAUGCCUCCGCGAGGAGAACUCGUGCCUCGAUUCAAGUCUUAAUAAACUCGUUGAUGAAAACAAACAAUUGAUGAGCAGUCAACGCGCCGCGGACGAUGAAUACAACUCGCAGAUCUUAGUUUUGCAGGCGGAACUAGGCGAGAAACGCGACAAGGAGCGUGAGUUAAAAGAUGCGAUUGAUCGCAUGGCGCAUCAACACAAGUCCGCCAUGGAUGACUUGCGGAAAAAAUUCCGUUUUAUGACCGAACGUAGUUUAUCUGAAUCAAGUCCAGAAGGACAGCAAAAAUCGGUUUGUCUGAAAGUGCUAACAAAAAUCACUGAAGAAAUUCGCCAUGCAGAGCGCAUGCGUGCAGAGAAAAUUCUCAUCGAACGCAAUAAAGAAUACGAGUUUGAAUUGAAGAGAAUCCGAGAGGAAGCAAAGCGAUCCAUUGAAGAGAAAGACAAUUUACUGGCGGCUUUGAAACUGGAUUGCAUCAAACAAAAGAAUUUAAUUCUACAAAUGACUGAGUCUCAGAUGGAAACAUCUUCAACGAGUGAACUUCGCCAAACAGUCGAAACUUUACAGAAAGAAAAAGAUGAACUAGAAUUGCAGUUGUUGAAACGCAUGGAAUCCAGUGAAAUGACAGCGAGUACUUCAAGUUGUUCAGGAGCUGUGAAACGUUCCAAGUACAAAGAACCAUUGACAGUUAGUCAAACAGCAUUGGUGGCUACAAACAGAGUGAAUGUUGAUACUUGUUCCAAGGGCGAUAAAGUUCUUGUUAUGUGGAAAGCCAAGUAUAAGAACUUCAUCGUUGUACAGGAGAGUGAUGUGUUGCAUUUUGUGCACACAGACUGUACAAAAGAGUACAAUCCGCUGGAGAAUGAAGAUACAAGUAUUUAUUUCACAGCUCUGGUGGUUGAGAAGGAAUACUGUCAAACUAAAAAGUCUGAAAAUCGUUAUAACGUCGCAAAAGGCACCAAGUUCUACCGGGUGAAGAUUGUCCCAAUUAGUACAUCAGAGGAAGCCAGGCCGACGAUGUCGCAGAGUCACAACGUGCCGAAAUCGACGCCGCUGGUGCCGAUGGACGAGUCGGUGAGCGACUCGGCGUGCCACUCGCUGCCGAACUCGCCGACCAAGGAAGACAAGUGAAAGCAAACUGACCGCUAUUUUAAUUCGUAUUCUAUUUUCGCGCUUAAGUUCUUACGUUUAUGUGAUAUCUCAAUAUUACCUUUGUUUCUAAGUUCAAUAUUUACAUUAUCGGUACAUUAAUCUAGCAUAUUAAUGUACGAAGGACGUGAUUUAGUUGUGAAUGAGUAACUUUUUCGUUUGAUUUGUUUGCGAAAAUUAGAAUUAAUGUGAUAAUAAGAUGGCAUGCAUGGUAAAAGAAGCAAACAUUACGCAAGUUGGUCUUUGUCUAGUGAUAUGAUAGUAUAAUACUGGUGAUAAGAUAUUUUGUCCAUUACAUUAUUCACGAUUGACCAUUUUUAUUCGCUAUCAGAGCAGGAGAUUGGAGAUUUGUACAUAUUUAAUACACAUACGGACAUCACUUGUAUUCAUUCGUUCUCAUCGUGGCUUGUUUUGUUGAUCAUUAUUUAUAAAUAGCUGUUGGUGAGAAUCAAAACAAUUUCAAAAAGUUUCAAGCGGAUUUGCGGAUGGGAAUUAUCUUCAUACAUUUACCUAGUUGUAUCGAAUAUUCAAGACACCACACCGAAGACACGCAGUUUUCACUAGUUGAACUAGUUGAUUGUCCCCUGAAUUUCGAACUUUUUACAUACUGUUGAAACUUGCAACUUCAAGCUGUCCUAUAUCUGUAAUAUUAUUGUUAGAAUAUUCUCUAGUGUCUAACCGGCAAACGAAUCACAAUCAAUAAUCUUUCACCAAUUUAUAUGAAGUUCAAUGAAACUGUAAAUAAGCUUUAAAACAAGAGAAAGAGACGGUGGGGAAUAAACUUGAGACCAUUUUAUCAAACGCAAUAUGCAUCACACCGUAAAUUGUGCUAGGAUUAUAAAUAACUUGAUGAAGAAAAAACGCUAAAGACAAAUGAAUAUUUAUUGUAUUUUCUAUUUUUCUAGUGGCUCUGUACUAACACUUGUCUAUUCGCUACUUCAAACUCUGCUAAUCUUUGAUUUUAAGUGUGUUUUUCUCUCGUCUUGUUGAAACAUGUACUUCUCUUCUGGUUACUCUUUAAGUUUACACAACACACACAAUGAGGAGACAUAAUUGACAAAGCUUUACGAAUUUUUAAUAUCCGCUAGCAGGCAGUUUAAUUGAUUGUGGAUAGAUAUUGUGCAUGUACAGUCUGUAACGAGACCAUGAUAAACCAAGAUAAACGUCAAAGUUUUCGACAGUAGACGAUUGUUUGUCUGCGUAGUUGCGUUGGUCACAUAAUAUGAUAACAAAUUUUUAUAUAAACAAUAAAGAAAGAAUUAAAAUGAUAA